UCCUCGGCCUCGGCGGGAGCAGGGCUGUGGGCCGCGCUGUACGACUACGAGGCGCGCGGCGAGGACGAGCUGAGCCUGCGACGCGGCCAGCUAGUGGAGGUGCUGUCCCAGGACGCCGCCGUGUCGGGCGACGAGGGCUGGUGGGCCGGCCAGGUGCAGCGGCGCCUCGGCAUCUUCCCCGCCAACUACGUGGCGCCGUGCCGCCCGGCCGCUCGCCCCGCGCCGCCGCCCGCCCGGCCGCCGCCGCCGCGGCCCGGCUCGCCUGUGCACGUCGACUUCGAGAGGCUGGAGCUCCAGGAACUCAUCGGCGCUGGCGGCUUCGGGCAGGUGUACCGCGCCACCUGGCAGGGCCAGGAGGUGGCGGUGAAGGCGGCGCGCCGGGACCCGGACCAGGACGCGGCGGCGGCGGCCGAGAGCGUGCGGCGCGAGGCCCGGCUCUUCGCCAUGCUGCGGCACCCCAAUAUCAUCGAGCUGCGCGGCGUGUGCCUGCGGCAGCCGCACCUCUGCCUGGUGCUCGAGUUCGCCCGCGGCGGAGCGCUCAACCGUGCGCUGGCUGCCGCCAACGCCGCCCCGGACCCCCGCGCGCCCGGGCCGCGCCGCGCGCGCCGCAUCCCCCCUCACGUGCUGGUCAACUGGGCGGUGCAGAUCGCGCGGGGCAUGCUCUACCUGCACGAGGAGGCCGUCGUGCCCAUCCUGCACCGGGACCUCAAGUCCAGCAACAUAUUGCUACUGGAGAAGAUAGAGCAUGAUGACGUCUGCAAUAAGACAUUGAAGAUUACAGAUUUUGGGUUAGCGAGAGAGUGGCACAGGACCACCAGGAUGAGCGCAGCAGGCACCUAUGCCUGGAUGGCCCCGGAAGUCAUCAAGUCCUCUUUGUUCUCCAAGGGAAGCGACAUCUGGAGCUAUGGAGUGGUGCUGUGGGAAUUGCUCACGGGAGAGGUCCCCUAUCGUGGCAUUGAUGGUCUUGCUGUGGCCUACGGGGUGGCAGUCAAUAAGCUCACUUUGCCCAUUCCUUCCACCUGCCCUGAGCCGUUUGCCAAGCUCAUGAAAGAAUGCUGGCAACAGGACCCUCAUAUUCGUCCAUCAUUUGCCUUAAUUCUUGAACAAUUGACUGCAAUUGAAAAGGCAGUUAUGACUGAAAUGCCUCAAGAAUCUUUUCAUUCCAUGCAAGAUGACUGGAAGCUGGAAAUUCAACAAAUGUUUGAUGAGUUGAGAACAAAGGAAAAGGAGCUGCGGUCCCGGGAGGAGGAGCUGACGCGGGCCGCCCUGCAGCAGAAGUCACAGGAGGAGCUGCUCAGGCGGCGGGAGCAGCAGCUGGCCGCGCGGGAGAUCGACGUGCUGGAGCGCGAGCUCAACAUCCUCAUCUUCCAGCUGAGCCAGGAGAGGCCCAACGUCAAGAAGAGGAAGGGCAAGUUUAAGAGGAGCCGCCUGAAGCUCAAAGACGGGCGUCGGAUCAGUUUACCUUCAGAUUUCCAGCACAAAAUAACCGUGCAAGCCUCCCCCAACUUGGACAAACGGAGGAGCCUGAAUAGCAGCAGCUUCAGUACACCGAGCAGCCCCACGGUGAUCCCCCGACUCCGGGCAAUACAGCUGACCUCAGAUGAAAGCAAUAAAACUUGGGGCAGGAACACGGUCUCUCGACAAGAAGAAUUUGAAGAUGUAAAAAGGAAUUUCAAGAAAAAGGGUUGUACCUGGGGUCCAAAUUCCAUUCAAAUGAAAGAAAGAACUGACUGCAAAGAAAGAAUAAGACCUCUCUCAGAUGGCAACAGUCCUUGGUCAACCAUCUUAAUAAAAAAUCAGAAAACCAUGCCGCUGGCUUCAUUAUUUGUGGACCAGUCAGGUGCAUGUGAAGAGCCACAACCUGCCCCAGACGGAUUGGAACACAGAAAACCAAAGCAGAUAAAAUCACCGAGUCAAGCCUACAUUGAUCUACCUCUUUGGAAAGAUGGCCAGAGAGAGAAUCUGGUGGAACCCGAAAGCUGGGAGGAGAGAACCCCGGUGGGCCCUGCCACCAGCAUUCCUCAGGGGACCCCUCCGAACAGUCUGAGCAGAUCCCCCCAGAGGAAGAAGACAGAGUCUGCUCUGUAUGGCUGCACUGUGCUGCUGGCGUCGGUGGCUCUGGGCCUGGACAUCAGAGAGCUCGCGAAAGCACAGGCCGCUGAAGACCCGUUGCCCAAGGAAGAAAGGAAGAAACGCGAAGGCAUCUUCCAGCGGGCGCCUAAGUCCCGAAGCAGUGCCAGCUCCGCCACUAGGCUGCCAGCCACAGGCGAGGGGACCAUCAGCCCAUCCCCACUCCCUCCGUCCAGCGCCGUGAACCUCCUGUCCAUGCCUUCUCUGUCCACCAAGUGCCUGCUGCAGACUGAUGGUGAAGAUUCCUUCGAGAGCAGCACACACGUCCCUGGUGACCCCAAGGUGCCCAUUCCAGAUCCUUGCCCUGCCUUUGGAAGGAGGGAUCAGGAGCCAACCCCCGUGCCAGGGCUGGAGACCCAUCGUGGUAUGUGGGGAAACCUGUCUCCUCCCUUCACGGUUCCAGCACGUGCGGACGCAUCUUACGCUGCUGCUUCAAAAGAAAGAGCAGCACAUCACCGACAGACCAUGUCUGAUGGAAGUGCUUCUCAGCACCCAGCUGGUGCAGCUCUCAUCUCAGCCCCCGGAGCCUCUCAGCUGCCCCCUGAGUGGGUUUGGGGGACGCCCCCCUCGCCGCCUGGACCCCAUAGUGACCUGCCAAGUGAGGUUCCGCCCGAAAAACAGAAAGCUGUCCAUAUGGUGCUUCUACCCCGCCCUCCCCACCUAAGAAGCCAGGUAGGUGCCCCGAAGGCUUUCCCGCAGAGAACAGAGUCUCAGCCCGCACAGGCCUGCCCUGUGGUGGGUGGUCCAGGACCAGCCCCUGACUGUCCCCUCGGUGCCAAGGAGAGAACUAAGCCCCACGUGCCUUCCUUACUGGAUGCCGACGUGGAAGGCCAGAGCAGGGACUGCACGGUGCCUCUGUGCAGGCUAAGAAGCAGAAUGAGCCAACCAUCCCUGUACGAACUGGAGAAAGAAUUUCUGUCUUAA